AUAGCUCCCGAAUCAUAUAAAUUGUAAUAUCGUCACUCUCGUUCUCCUUCUUUCAGAGGCAGCUGGAUACGCAAUUGUUGAGAUCUCCUUCGCACCCGCCGUCCCAGAUUCAUUUUGGAAACAGGAAGUAUGGCGUACGCAGCAAUGAAACCAACUAAGCCAGGCUUAGAAGACACACAAGAGCAAAUCCAUAAGAUCAGGAUUACACUCUCCUCCAAAAAUGUCAAGAACCUCGAGAAAGUCUGCGCCGAUUUGGUUCGUGGUGCGAAGGACAAGAGGUUGAGGGUGAAGGGACCAGUGAGAAUGCCCACUAAAGUUCUCCACAUCACAACCAGAAAAUCUCCAUGUGGUGAAGGUACCAACACAUGGGACAGAUUUGAACUUCGUGUUCACAAGCGAGUUAUUGACCUUUUCAGCUCUGCUGAUGUAGUGAAGCAGAUUACCUCCAUCACCAUUGAACCUGGGGUGGAGGUUGAGGUCACCAUCGCCGAUCAAUGAGUGCACUCUUUUUCAUGUUUCGACUAUUUUUAGUUUCAUUAGACAGCUGUUACUUUUUUGGGUUUGGAACAUACCUGUCAGGUCAUUGGGGUUUAAAUGCAAUAGUUGUUCCCAUUAUAUGUUGAAAUUAAAGACAUUGAUAGAGUUUUCAAUUCCUGGCAAAUUUUUCUUGCUUUAGAACUAAUGUUAAUUUUUCUAUCUAUGCAGAUUUUGUAUC